AUGCCUAUUCCUCUUGAACGAUCACAAAAUUUUACUCCUUUUUUCUACCUGAUCGGAGAUGAUCUCAAAACUGCACAGCUCGUUGAUCUCGACACCAGAUGGAAACUAGAGGAUGUGAAGCGUGCCGUGGGAGCAGUGUUUCAUGUUGUGCAAGCACUAGGACUUACUUUCCACAAUGGCAGCGAUGACCAGGAAAUUACCACGGUGGAGGAGUUGACCAAGACACCAUCCUCAAUCGAUUCCCCUAUCGGUCUCCGCGUCGACGGCAACGCAGUUCAAACCCCCCAGGGUCCCGAAGGCCUGCCGCUAGUGGGAAGCUACUACGAAAUCUUCCCCGAUCACCUUGGAAACCACUACCGCCUAUUCCGAAAGUACGGUCAUGUCAUCAAGACGACCAACAUGGGCAAGACGAUUUAUCUCACCGAUAGCCCCGAGGUGGCCGCAGUAGCACUCUCUGAGUCCGUGUACAUGACAAAAAAGAUCAACGAGAACCACCCACUCUGGGGUGUGAAGGACAACACAGCCAUCUUCAUCGGCGAUACAGAAACAGAGAACUGGCGACUGGCACAUAAGUUCUUGCCGCCAGCAAUGGGUCCCAAGGCCGUGCGUCAUUACACUCCCUUGAUGCAGGAGUGCGCUCGCCAGUCAUUCGCUGUGUUCGAUGAGCUCGAUUCUCGCGACCAGUCAUGGAAUGUCUAUCAGUAUAUGUUGAAGCUAGCGUCACAGACCAUCGGCAAAUUCUCCCUAGGAACCGACUUCGAACAUUUCAAUGAUGUUGAUUCACCUUUGCAUCCGAUUGUCACAAACAUCGCGAACCUUCUCUCGCUCAACAAGAAGAUCACUGCUAGAGGCGAAUGGUACCGGCAUCUUCCAUUCGGUGAUCCAGCACGCCUUAAGACAAUUCAGCGCACAAUCUAUACUCUCCUCCAAGAGCAGAUCGACCGAGUCAAGGGCUCCAAUAUCGCUGGAAUGUCCAUGGCCGACGCAGCUGUCAAGGCUUCUUGUGUUGUUGACUAUCUUCAGAACACAGUCGAUGAAAGUGGAAACAAGUUUCCCGAGGGCCUGGUACUGGCAAACAUGCUCAUCGUCACUGGAGCCGGAUUCACAACCACCUCCGCCCUGAUGUCCUGGCUCCUUUACUGUAUCGUUAACUACGAGGGUGCCCAAGAUCGCCUUUACGAGGAACUGUGCGAGAAAGGUAUUGCCAAUACUGGCAAACCCGUUGAAUGGACUCCUGAGCUCGCGCAUAGUCUCCCCUACCUCGAUCGCUUCGUGAAGGAAACACAGCGUCUACACAACGCCUCCUUCCAACCUGGUCGUACUACCAAAACUGAAGUCGUCUUACCAGGUGGCUAUCGUCUGCCUCCUGAUAGCGUUCUCGUUCCGGCUUUAUAUGCCAUCCAUACGAACCCGGAGAUUUGGCGCGAUCCUUUCCGCUUUGAUCCUGAUCGUUGGGCUGGAGAUGAGACCAAGAACAUGCAUCGUUGCGCUUAUGUCCCAUUUGCGACUGGACCGCGUGGCUGUAUUGGGUUCAACUUUGCGUUGUUGGAGGUCAAGAUUCUUUUGUCGGAACUUGUUUCGAGGUAUGAGUUCUUCCGGGAAGGGUUGGAGGCCGUUGAGUAUGAUCCAGAGUUUCAGUUGAUUAGGCCUCUAAACUUUUACGUUCGGGCUAAGAGAAGGACUCCGGCUACCGCAUAA